AUGAAGCUGUUCUUUGUCGUCGCAUUUUUGGCUGUUGUUGCAGCCGUUCCAUCCAGCUACAAGCCAGAAUACAAAGAUUCCAGCUAUCCUGCCUCAAACUACCCGGCACCAAAGUACCCCGCACCAGCCUAUCCUACCCCCAGCUAUAACAAGGAUAACAAAUACUUUGAUAUCACCAUCACCAGCCAAUCUGACGAGCGCAACCUCGAUGGCAGCAGCCAAUGGAGCUAUGCUCAGUCUGACUACACAACUCGGGAACAGUCUCAGGUCCAGAAGAAAAUACAAGGAGUCACCUACGACUCUUAUGGAAAAGAAUCGUACGGUGAAGUCCUAGGCAACACUAACAAGGGGUCGUCUUACUGGGUUUCUCCUGAAGGACAGAAAUUCACCUUGACGUGGACUGCUGAUGAUGCUGGAUUCCAACCCAAAGGUGAUCACUUGCCCAUUGCUCCCGUCCACGUCUACGAGCUCCCAGUUGCUCCUGUCCACAUCCCUUUCAACGGGAAAGGCUACAAGGUCUAUUAG